AUGAAACCGAAAAGAAAGAAGGCAGCCUUUGCACAGACGUCCCCUGCCCUCCCGUACGAGUACAAGCUAAGAAGGUACAAGGCGCGGAAGGUAAGAAGGGAAGAAAGCAAGGAAAUAGACGAGCUAGAAAGGUUUGCAACACACACAGCCGCAAGAAAACAGGAAGAGUCAAUGGCGCACGCAGCGCCCUCGCAGAAUGUCGUGCUGCGGAGACAUUUGAGAAAAAAAGAUCUUGAAUCAAAGAUAAAAAAAGCAGCACAGGAGGCAGAUGGAACGCACACUCCCCCGGCUCUGCACCAUCUCGAGCUGCGCCCAGUGUACGAGCCACCCGGCAGCACUGUCUACACUUUUGACAUAGUCGAGUGGGAAGAUGCCGUGGAGAAUGACAAAAUACCCUUGAAAGACGCUGAGGACAGACUGCUCUUGGACAAUGCAUACGAUGAAAUCCAGUGGGAGCAGAGAGUUCUGUACGAUGAUGCCUGCCCUAACUUUCUGCACAUGCCCACCCAUCUGACAAUCGAUGCAAGCGAUAAAAACCUUCUUUUUGAUAUUACCGAUAAAGGAGAAGUUUGCAAAGAAAAAAAGAAGGAAAAAAAAAAGAGACACACACGGCCCCUCAGCAAAUACAACAUAUCCGGAGACAAACACUACGCAGAGCCGCACGAGACACAGAAGAGCGCGCUUGGCAUCCAGGGCGUGCAGCACUCCAUUCCUGCGCUCAAGUUGGCUCGAGAGAUAUACAAAACUUACCUGACAAAAGAAGAGCUGCGAUUCUUCCACAGGCCGCCCUUGCACAUCCCAGCAACUACGGAGAUACGCUUCAGUGCGCUAGCAGAGAGCACAGCAAAGGCAUCAUCCAUCCUGAAGAAGAAAAAAGAGCUCACACUCAGAGACACAGCAUCGUUUGUUCUUCUCGAGUACUCAGAAGAAAUACCCCCGCUGAUCAUAAAAACAGGCAUGGCGAGUAUCAUCACCACGUUCUACCGAAAAAGCACAGCAAAAGACACACCGCCACACGAUGCUGAGAUAGGAAGCAUGACUCUUCUGGAGCCUAAAGACCCGUCACCCUUUUUGUUCAUAGGAGACGUGCAGCCAGGCGAUGCCUUAUCAGGCAUUGUAAAUAAUCUUUACAAAGCACCGAUUGUAUUCCACGGAUCGAGUGAUCUCUUGGCAGUGCGCACACGGGGAGAUAAGGGCGCUUACUAUGUGAGGUGCGCAGGGCGUGUGGGGUGUGUGGGACAGACUCUUCCCCUGGACGAAGCAUUCAGCCCGCACUCCAGGAGACACAACGUGUUUUGCAAAAACAGAAUGAAAGUGGCAGCGUACAGACUGUUCUACGAAAAGGGAAACAGAGAAAGAAAAAUGCUGAUCCACCAACUCGACGAGAUGUUCCCGCACUUCAGCGAAGGAAGCAAGAGAAAAUGGCUGAAAGAGUAUGCAGAGUGCAUUAAAAAAGGGAAAGAAAAUGUGUGGGUGCUGAAGCCCAGUGCGUCUCUUCUGAGCGAGGAAGAUCUGCGCAGAGCUGUAACGCCAGAGAAGGUGUGCCAAUACGAAAGCAUGCUGGCUGAAGAAAGAAGGCUAAAAGACGCAGGAAUUGUCCUCGCAGCAGGAGAGGAUGAAGAGCUAAAAGGAGAAGAGGAAGAGCUGAAGCUAGCCGUGUGGAACUGCACGAGAAACUUUGUGAAUGCAGCUGCAGGGAAGGGAGUGCUGGAAAUAUCCGGGCCUGGUGAUCCAACGGGCAUUGGAGAAGGAUUCAGCUUUGUAAGGGCGAGGAGACAGAGAGAAGCUGGAGAAGAGGAGAGAAAAACCACCCUGGAGCAGGCACAGGCGUACAGAGAUGAGAUACGCAGAAUAUGGGAUGCGCAGAUGGCUGCCCUGCGGUGCGAGAAAGUGCUGGAGGAUGAUGCAAUUCGAAGAGAUGCUAAAAAAAAUAUUGCAAACGAAGGUAAGAGCGAUAAAAAAAGUGGCACAAGUGAAACAAAAAGCGAUAAAACACAAAAAACAGCAAACCAGCCUGCAAAUAAGUCAGGCCGCAUACUGUCCAUCACUAGAACCGUUAUGUCAGGAGAUAAGAAAGUGCAGGAGACAGAAAUAGUCACAGACCCGCGGGUGAUAGAGGCGUACAUGAAGGCGAGGAAGAAGCAGAAAAAAGAAGAAACACGCACAUCCCUGCGGUGCGGAUCGUGCGGAGUGGUUGGGCACAUGAAAACGAACAAAUCGUGCAUGAACUACAAAGGAAAAGCAAUUGAAAAAAAAGAAAGAAAGAAAAGCCCGCUUCUUGUGCUGAGUGAAAUCAUCCUGGGGGUUAUCAAGGAGCUCUUUGCUGUUCCAUUUUCGGUUGCAUUCCACCGCCCAGUCUCUCUGAAGAAGUUCCCGAACUAUCUUAGCUUCAUCCCCCACCCCAUAGACCUAACCACAAUGAAGAUAAAGGCCAGGAACAGCGAAUACAACACGUACAACGAGUUUCUGAAUGAUAUGCAGCUUAUGAAUGCCAACUGCAAUACGUACAACGGAGCAGGGCACUCGCUUACGAAGAUAUCAGGAGAAAUGCUGGAGAUAGCCCUGGCAGCGUACAGCAAGAACAAAGACGCAAUUGCAGCACUGGAGGGCAAUGGACACAGCACGAGCGAACAAUGA